UUUGAUUUUCCCUCUCUCUGCGACUCAACACACACACACACACACGGAUUAUACAUAUAUGUAGAUGUGCAGAGGAUUCAUAUCCACGCACACGGCGCGUGACAGUGUGUUAGCGCCGCGUCUGACGGGAGUUUGGAGCGGGACAAUACGGAGGCUGGAGGGGGUUAAAGGUCUCAGCUGCUCCUCCUCCUGAAGUGAAGGCGCCAGAGCUCAGAGGAACCAGCUUCACUCACUCACUCACAUCCACAGAGAAACGAGCCAAAGAGCGGCCCCGUUUGUGACGAACAGGCGGGAAAGAAUUUCACACAACAUCCACCUUUGAUUUCGUCUCCUUCUUCUUUCUCCUUCUUGUGGAUACGAGUGAACUUCAAGGACACAACAGUCUUGAGGUUUGCUCUGAAGUCUUGACGUCGAGCCCUCGGAGUAUAAUGCGAGGAAAAUGGGAAGAAGACGCAGAACAGAAGUCUGUUGCUCCCGAGGCGGCCCAAGAAAACACCGUACGACCGAGGAAGAGGAAGGCAGAUGUUGCCAUUUAUUUACAGGAUGUGGAUGAGGAGGUCGCAGAGAUGACGAGGAAGAAGCAGCGCGACUGUGAGCAGGUCUGGAGUCCUGGUGCUGGCUGCAGAAGUCCACACCGGUGGAUCCCCACGCCCGACCAGGAGGAGGACCAGCCCGUGACCCUGAUCAACGCGGGCGGCUUCCCUCUCUACAACUUCAGCAACGUGUUUGCAACGCCCGUGCACUGCGCCCCACUUCCUGCACUGUGCUGGGCCAGUAAGGACGUGGUGUGGAGCAACAUGCUGGCCAAGGAUAAGACCUACACCAGAGACGUCCACGUGAUGGACAAACAUCCGCACCUGCAGCCAAAGAUGAGGGCCAUUCUCCUGGACUGGCUCAUGGAGGUGUGUGAAGUGUACAAACUGCACAGAGAGACGUAUCACCUGGCUCAGGACUACUUUGACCGCUUCAUGGCCACACAGAGGAACGUCUUCAAGUCCACGCUGCAGCUCAUCGGCAUCACGUGUCUCUUCAUCGCUGCCAAAGUGGAGGAAAUGUAUCCUCCCAAAGUCCAUCAGUUUGCCUACGUUACAGAUGAAGCCUGCACUGAAGAUGAGAUUCUCAGCAUGGAAAUCAUCAUUAUGAAGGAGCUGCAGUGGAGUCUCAGUCCACAGACGCCCGUCUCCUGGCUCAACGUUUACAUGCAGGUGGCUUAUCUGAAGGAGACGGACGACCUGCUCAUCCCCAAAUACCCACAGGCCACGUUCACUCAGAUCGCUGAGCUGUUGGAUCUGUGCAUGUUGGACGUGCGAUCGCUGGAGUUCUCCAACGGCGUCCUCGCCGCCGCCGCUCUGUUUCACUUCUCUUCUCUGGAGCUGGUGGAAAAUGUGUCAGCUCUGAAGAGGGCGGAGUUGGAGGAGUGCGUGCGGUGGAUGGUGCCGUUCGCCAUGGCGCUGAGGGAGAUCGGCGGUCUGCCGAUGAAGACGUUUGCGGGGAUCGCUGCGGACGACAUGCACAACAUCCAGGUGCACGCCCCCUACCUGUCAUGGAUGGAGAAGGCGUCCUCGUACCAGGAGGCGGAGCUUGAGCGUCACAGCAGCUGUGCGGUGCCGUCAGGCGUCCUGACCCCGCCCCUGAGCAGCGAGAAGAGCGAGGAGCUGGCGGGCGCCCCGUUGCCCAAAGUCCUGCCCAGGAUGCAGACGGCGGCGUCUCCAAAGCAACCGUCUCCACGGCAACCGUCUCCGGAGCGGCGAGACGACCACUGAGAGACGCCAGAGAGACCCGGAUUAGAUUUGAACACCAGAGCUGUGACUUUGUUUUUUGUUUAAUUUUUUUUUUUUACGGUGGAGGAACAAAGCGACGCCGACGACCUGGAUCCAGGUGUUUUUGUUUUUUUUUUUAAAUGAGGGGGGCGGGGCUUAAACACACUGAUGCAGCGACAAUCAGUGAACACAUGUUUUUUGACGAGCCCGUUCAGACACGACGACAGCGACGGCGGCUGCUUGCAUUAAAGAGAUCGUUCGUGUGUGGUUGUGUGAGACACUGACAGAAACGGUGUCGUGAGCGCCCCCCUGUGGUGAGGAACUGGCCUGACGUGCAUGAAAACACUGAGUUUGUCAUGUUGUGAACCGCUCGCUCUCCAGAUUUUCUGUGGACUUUGGUUUGGCAGAGUCAACGGUGAACAAAGUCUGAGUUUCUACUUUUGGACGAGUGAGAUGAGAUGUUGACGGUAAGCCUUGGUGUUGUCAGCAGGGGGCGCUCACAGCUCUGACUGUACACACACCUGCAGGAAAAGCUGAAUUAUCUCUCGUCUCUUUCCAGUCGCAUCUACUUUUAAUGGUCUUCAGGUUUGUUUUCUAUGACAAGGCCAAAUUUUCUUUGACAUUAGUGUGUGAGUGUGUUUUUUUUAAUUGUCUUAUUGGCCUCAUUUGCCCAGGAACUCUUCUUAGGGCCAUGUUUGGCUCUGUGCUGCUAUAACGAGGGCUUUGCAUAUUGGAACAGGGGACACAGUGUGAAUGUGAGAGUGUGUGAGUGUGUUUUAACUUUUUUUUUUUUUUUUUACAUAAAUAUAUAUAUAAAUAUCAAAUUGGGCGCUGCUCUUAUGUUUAUUUUUUUUGUUUUUUAUUGAACAACACAUGUUUGGCCGUGUUUUACUUUGGGACCAGUAGCUUGGCUACGUGAAUGGACGAGUGACGACGCCAGGCUUCAGAAGCUCAUGAUUGUAUUUAACUUUUCUGUUUUUUUUUUGUUUUUUUUAUCCCAGUUUACCUGCAGUUUGCCCCCCCCCUCCCCACCAAAAUGUUAGAUUUCUAUUAGACUUUUCAAAAUAAAAUGCUGCUACAUAUUUUCA